AUGUCUCUGAUCCUGAAUGUUCCGUUGGUCCUGCUGGUAUAUGCGUUACUUCCAAAUGAGGUUAUCAUGAAGACGGACAAUUUACUUGCUGUUCUGGCCGAAGUGUCUCUUGGGAAGCCAAUGAGGGUCGUAAUUGUGGUUGACUGUUUGCUCGUUUUUUCCGUUGGUAUAUUUGCUGGAGUUGUUACCGGGUGUAAUCUUGUUGAAGCUCUAGCUCGGGAGAGAGUACUUCCUCAGUUGUUUCUGCACCCACUUCCUGCAAUGGAAGCUACAUAUCUGCCCGUCAUCCUGUUUGUUGUCAUCUCCAUAGCUGUCUAUUUUUCGUCAGCUUUCUCACUCUCGACCGUUUCGACUAUGGUUUCAGCGGCAUUCGUAUCUACUAUGCUCCUUUACAGUACAUCUUGCCUUUUACUCAAGUUCUCGUUGGAUAGAUUACCAAGGGCAUACAAGUCAUCCAUGUGGACCGCAGUACUGGGUAUCAUAGUAAUGUUGGCCAUCCUAAUAGGAAACAUUAUCCAAGAUCCUCGAACGCUAGGAUUAUUUGCCAUAUGUUUCACGUUGACACUGCUGGGAAUUUUACUUCCUAGCUCCCGUUUGAAAGUGGCGCGAAUAAUGCUGUGGGCAAUGGACCAGACUAAAAUGUUUCGGGGGUGGAAACUUGACCGUUUGGUCGUUCGCUGGAUGAAACAUUUCCGAAAACAUCCCGUCGUCUUCUGGGUCAAAGACGAGCAUAUUAAUCAUUUAAUGCGAGCUGUGACGUAUAUCCAAGACAACGAAAUCACUGACCGUGUGAUUGUCGCACAUGCUUACACGGACGGGAUGAUUGUACUCGAGCUUCAGGCAAACAUCCGACUUCUCGAGGAACUUUUUCCGUCUGUAACCAUAGAUCUUGUAUUUGUUCGCGGAUCUUUUAGUCCGGUGUAG